GCACAGCCCAGUCCCGGCAGCUGCCCGGGGAAUGUGGGACAGCAGAUCGUGAGGAACGCCUCAUGGCGCGGCACAGCCCCGUCCCCGCAUGAGCCCGGGCAAUGUGGGACUGCAGAUCGUGAGGAACGCCUCAUGGCGCGGCACAGCCCAGUCCCGGCAGCUGCCCGGGCAAUGUGGGACAGCAGAUCGUGAGGAACGCCUCAUGGCGCGGCACAGCCCAGUCCCGGCGGCCCCAGCCCCGCGCAGGCGCCCCGGCCCAGCGCCGUUCCCUGGCAGUGGCGGCGAUGCUGCUGGUGCUGUCGGCGGAGCACCGGGCGCACCUGGGCUGUUUGCCGCGGGCCGGCGGCGCAGCCGUGGGCGAGCUGGGGCGCCUGGCGCUGGAGCAGCUGCGGCGGGGAGCGGCACCGCGGGCCUGCGAAGCCGCCGCCAGUGAGAGCCGGGCCCCGGCG